UUUACUAUUAUCACGUGUUUCUAUAUUUGACAAACGUGUUAAAAUUUAUAAUAACUAUUUAGUUUCUAUAUAUAUAAUUUGUUUGGUAAAAUUGAAUUUCAUAUGCCCUCCCCGACCGAGUUAAUGAUUCAGGAUAUAUAACGUGGUUUGUUGAAUUCGUUUCGUAUGGUUAUAAAUAUUGACAUGUGAACUUUCUCACAUGAUCAUAUGUCUAAUGUCUGCAUCAUGUGAAUAUGGCGGCAAUUGUUGUUGGUGCAACAGAAACAUCAAUUAGCACAUCUAGACAGCUAGGAAUCCCCCAUCAAUGUGCCAGCAUCAUUUGGAUCUGCGGCCCAGUCCUCGACCUCUUCAUGCAGCCCCUUAUCGGCCACAUUAAUGACCGUUGCACUAGCCGCUUCGACCGUCGUAGGCCCUUCAUCCUCAUCGAUGUCGUCAUCAUCUUUGUCGUUGUCCUUAUCAUUGCUUACACCGCCAACAUCAGUUGGCUCCUCAGUGACACCACGGACUACCACCCUGUUACCAUCACUAUCUUCAUUAUCGACUUUUAGAUCCUCAACAUUGCCAACAACGUCACACAAAGAUCUCUUCGUGCCUUGCUCAAUGAUAUCACUAGCAAGCUAACUCUCUCUCUCUCUUUUGUCUUCUCUUUGUUUGUUGAAUUUGUAAUUGCUAAUUGAAGUUAUAAUUGUUUAUGAUGAAUUGAUUA